CUCGUUUUAAAAUUAAAUCUGAGGAUUAUUUGAUAACUUUGAAAAAAAUGAACUACCUACCUACGAUUUAAAGUUACGAAAUAACAUGUAGUAAAUGGAAUAUUCAUAAGUUAUACUUAGUGUCUGUCCCUGUCUGUUCUCGACUUUGAACUAGGUGGAUAAUCUGGAAUUUGUGUUACAAUCUCAAUAAAGUAACAAAAAACUUAGGUAAGUAUACAUUAUUUUCUUCGUAGCUUUGAAAACAUAAAAAAUGAAAUAAAAAAAAAUAACGUAGCAAAAAUAAAUCGUCCCACUCAAUAUAUUGUGUUCCGUUUUACGCACACCCCGUAUUUGUUUCUAAGACAUGCAACCCCCAAACCUUGAGGCGCUCAGUAUCGCGUCGCAGUCAAGGCAGCCAACAGCUUAACAGUAACUAAACAAAAUAAUAUAAACACAGUGUUAAAUCAACCAAUAAAAAAAAUAUAACUAAAGUUUGUCUCUGUGACAAUGUGUAAAUAUCUCGUAAUGACUGUUUUAACCGUAAUACUGGCCGUUUGGCUGAAUGUUCAGUCGUCUGAAGCCUUUGGAAUAUCGUCAUUUGGAAAGGCGAACACAGACCCGCCUAAGCCACCGACGACCACGCCACCUCCUGCACGGCCAUGUUCAAGACAAGCGGACUGCGCGGGCAUCAGCAGCAGCUCCUGUGUGAGAACCCACUACGACACGGCCACCAGGUGUCUCUGCGGAGACAACACCACCCCGCUGAAUGGCCAAUGUGAUUCGGUCGCCAAAAGUCUGUACCACGUGUGCUCGAAUAGCGACGAAUGUAACGAGGGCCUUAUCUGCGGGGCGCCCAACGUGACCACCGCCUCCCCUCCUCAUAUGAAGGUGUUCUCCCCCCAGGACAAGAUAUGUCUCUGCGACUCCGAUAACGGAUUCAAGGAGAAAGACCAUACUUGCAGCGAUGCUGAUAUUUUGAAGACAUCAAUGUUGGCUGUACUCGUCGUAAUUGGAAUAAGGAAAGCCAUACAAAGCGGUUAUUAAUUAUUUAUUUUGUUAUUUAAUUAACGCAUGUGUCGAAUUAUUUAAAAUAAUGUAUUGUUAGAAUGUCACGUUUUAUUUCAGCUUAUUGGUAAUUUUAUUAUGUAGAUUUUUAAAGUUUUCUUUUUGAAAAAUCAUAGAUAAUUUUAUUACACUCCGUUUUUUCUUACAAGUCUCAACAAUGUCAACAAUCUUCACAUUAUUGUUGGAAAUAAAUGAAAUAUCACUACAAACUUACAGAUUGUAAUAAAAUAUUUAUUAACCAAGAAUGCAAUAUGCAAAAAGUGUUAUUUUUAUUUAUAUUGUUUUAAGUUUAUUCACUUAUAAUUAUAAAAUCGUUGUUGAUAUUUACAUACUAAGAUUUGUAAUAAAAAACAGGAUUUUUUAAAUAUGUAGAAUGCAAAACAAUAUAGUUUAAUUUAAGAAAAAACGAAUAUUAAUAAAGUUCGGAGAUUAAAAAAAAAAUAAACAUUAAGUUUUGUUUUUAGUUUAUUUAUCUAGAUUAGAUAUUACUUCCUUAAACUUAAUCCGUCCUAUUGUCUUUUAUCUAUUAUAGAAAUAAGCUCAUUGUUUUUAUGUUUUUGAUAAUAACCUAACUCAUAACUUGGUCAGUUUACUAAUAUUAUCAAAAACUUGAAAUACUUAUUGCAUUUUUUAUACUAGUCAUGAUUAUGUCUUUAUAAGUUUAAGCAUACGUAUUGCUUCUGUAAUAAUGUAGGUAUUUUCUGUAAUUUGCACAGUUAGUUACAAAUACAAUAUUGAUAAAUACAUGUGGUUAAAUUGUUAUAGAUAUGUACUUAUUUUAUCAUAUAAAAUAGAUUUUAUGAGAGAUUUUAUUGCACACAUAGUGUUUUAAUCAAAACAUAUUACUAUCUAACAUUGUUUAAAGGAAUAAUUACAAAUUACAAUUAUUGUUAGAAUAUUUUAAAAAUAUAUAUUAUCUAAAUUAAUUACAUAAUUAGGUGUUGCUAAUUUUACUUUUAUUAAUGAUUAGAUAAAAUCUUGUUUUUUAACGUUGACAUGUGCUGCCAUCUGUGAUAGGAUAAUAUUAAUACUAAAAAUAACUGAAUUCAAAAUAUUUCAAACUUUUCUCUACGAUUAUCAUUGUGCUUAUUUAAUAGCUAGUCGUUGCACAAAUAUUCGUUAUUUAUUUAUAUCUAGUUACGUCAUAAAAAUUUGUAGCUACGAAUAAACAAAUUACACUAAUUAAUUGAGAACUAGUUUUGUAAUCAUUUUAGUAAAUAAAAGAAAGUUAGGUACCUAUCACACUUGAUUCGUUAAUGAGUAGAUAAGUAUAUUCACUAGUAGCUUUCGCCUAUGCUAACGUCCAGUUUAAUGAGAAUAAUUGUAAAUAUUUUGCUUAUUGUACAUGUACGGGGCACAGUUUACAAAAUAAAUUUUUAAAAUGCA